AUGCCCGCAAUGAGUGAUCUGAAGCCUGCAAUCCUUGCGGCGGGUAGUCUGUUCAUGCUGGCGGUGCUCUACUUGCUCUUGAGGGACGAAGCGGAGGAAGAGAAUGGCUCCAUUGCGGGCAAGGAUCCGAAGUCGCUGCUGAAGGAGGUGCUGACGCAGCUGCUGGACGUGGAGCAGCGGGCAAAGCGGGUGGUGGAGGAGCUCGUCCGCGAGCAGCUGUCCGGCAAGGAAGUCUCCAUAGCUGAAGCGUACCAGCGUGUGGAAGCCUGCGAUCUAGUCGACCCGCUGGAGAAGCAAGGGCUUAGUAUCCAAGAGUUUGAAGCCAUGGUGGCUGAGCAGCAGAACGACCCCUGGGUGAUGGAGUCAAUGGUGCGGCUGUCCGGCCAGCACCCCGCCGACAUGAAGCCAGGCGGUGCGGACCUGGAUGUCGCGAAGAUUCUCGCGAUGAAGGAGUUUGCGCUCGUGGAGCUGGAGAAGCUAGUUGCCAGUUUCUUGAGCGAGCCAAAUGCGGAAUCCAAGGAUUUCAAGGCGGCCACAGUCGCCCUGAAGGCGCUGGUGCAUGCUAAAGUGGAGAAGGCUCACGGCGUGGCCGCCGAUGAGGUCGAAACUGCGGCCGUCAUGAAGCAGGAGGAGCUCAUCAGAAAUCCCGACUUUGUGGGCAUCCUGAAGCGUCAGCAGACGGUUAUGCAGCAGCUCAUGAGCAAACUGAUGGCGGGGCCAAAGGAUGUCGGUGUCGAGGAAGCCAAGCUCCCAGCGGAGCCGGCCGCAGAUGGGCUUCUCACGGAACAGCUCCCACCUCAGGACGAAGAGAUGAGGCCGGUUGCCGAGCAUCCACCCCAGGUGUCGCACGAGGGCAACAUCCCGGUUCCAGCCCUCGUACCAGGUGCUGUCAUUUAUUCGACAGCUGGGGGGCCACAGGCAGACCAGGCAGUGCAAACUGGGCCCAGCAGCGCGGACAUAUGGGCUUUAGCUCAGGCAUUUGCCACCGUGCAGGGCAUCCCGGCUCCAGGUGCUCCUGGACUGCAGACGCUGCCGCUCCCGUUGCACGAAGCGCCUCCACCUCCAGAGCCUCCUGGAGGCACCUCAGGCGCCGCUCCGGCGGAGCCUCAGGCGGAGCCUCCGGCGGAGCCUCAGGAGGCGCUUUGCAAGGAGUCCAUGGAACAGUGCUAA